AUGCUUGCCGAAACUUUCAUUACCGCGGCCCUCUUCGCCACUUCGGCGCUCGCCGCCCCGGCUCCCGACCCCGUUCAGCUGAUGAGCCGCGCCCCCCAGCCGGGCGUCGUCAUCAGGCAGUGCGCCCAGCCUGGCAUGCUCGCACUCGCAUACGAUGACGGCCCGGGCCAAUACACCUCGAGGCUGGUCGACAUCCUCAACGCCGGCGGUGCCAAGGCCACCUUCUUCAUGACGGGCACUUUGUACGGAUGCAUCUACAACCAGGCUGCGGCCAUCAAGAAGGCCUAUGCUAGCGGUCAUCAGUUGGCUUCGCAUACUUGGUCCCACGGCCACAUGAAUGGCUUCUCCGCCGCCCAAGUCGCCUCCGAGAUGACCAAGGUCGAAACCGCCUUCGCCAACAUCAUCGGCAAGAAGCCGCGCUACAUGCGUCCUCCCUUCCUCGAGACCGGUAACCAGGUCCUCCCCGUCCUCAAGUCCAUGGGCUACAAGGUGAUCACGGACGACGUCGACACGGGCGACUGGAACAGGCAGACGCCGGCGCAGUCAGAAGCCAAGUUCUACCAGGCGGGUGCCCGCGGCAAUGGCCACAUCCCCCUCAUGCACGAGGUGUACCAGUCGACCGUCGAGCAGCUGACGCCGUGGUUGAUCAACUGGGCCAAGCAGAACAACUUGAAAUUGGUUACCGUGGCGGAGUGCUUGGGCGAUAAGAAUGGAAUGUACCAGCCGCAGAGUUUCCCUGUGCAUCAGGGACAGCUUUCGUGCUAG